AAAUAGUUUUCGAAUCAUGUGUUGUUUUUUUUCCAAUUUUUCCAUUCGAAAUAAAAUUCCAUUUUUUUGGUAAAAUUGAAAUCAUGUCUUUACAACGUGUUUCAUUAAUUCGAUUGAUUCGAAUCGAUCGAUUUUGUCCAAAAAUUUUUAAUCGAUCCAUAUCAAGUAACAAUAAUAAUCCAUCAUCACAAUGGGAUUUAUUUGCUGGUAUCUGUCUACAACGAUGUCCAUUGAUUGUGCCCGAAUUGAAUUGGCUAGAAAAACGAGCACAGAAUAUGUUCAACAAAAUUGAACUUGCCAAUAGUCUUUAUUCGGAUCAUGAAAUGAGACAUUUUGAAAAUUUACGUCGUGCCGAACGUAUAGCAUCUGGUGUAAAUGUUAGUGAAAAAGAUUUAGAAGAAGCAGCGAAACAAACAGCACAAGAUUUUGAAGAAGCUUCGAUCAAAGAAAUGAAACAAUUUCAAUUUGGUAACUCGGUUACAAAAGCUGAUUUAUCAAAUAAUGAAAAAUCUAUUGAUAGAUCAUUGGAUAAAUAUCUUUAUUUGGUGAUCAAAACAAAAUUAGGAUCAAAUGAACAUUGGCUUUUUCCACAGGAACAAUAUCAACCGGACCAAGAUAAAUCAUUACGACAAACAGCCGAACGUGCAUUGGAAAAUUGUUUUCCAUCUAAAAAAGAUAAAUCUCCCAGUGUUAUUGUAAAAUUUUUGGGUAAUUGUCCAUCGGCAUUUUAUAGUUAUCGAUAUCCACGACAAUUAAUUGAUGAACGACAAAAACAAGGUGCAAGAAUAUUUUUAUUCAAAUGUCAAUUAGAUGUUAAUGAAAAAGGCAAACAUUCAGCAAUUCAAGAUAAAACGUUUGGUAAUCGAAUAUUAAAAGCUGAAAAUUCUAUUGAUUUUAGUUGGUUAACACGAAAUGAACUUUGUCAACGAUUACCCGAACGAUAUUGGAAACAAUUAGGAUUAGCAAUCUAUCCGGAUGAAAUUAUCAAUAUUGAUAAAUUGAUUCAAUCAUCAAAACGUCGAAAUAUAAAUAGGCUAACAAAACGAUUAGAAAAAAUUGAAGUAGCUAAUUAAGAAUGUUUGUAUAAAUAAAAAAAAAUAAAUUUUAUUUGUUAUUAUCAUUGAUGAUUAAAGAUAGAAUUUCAUUCAUUCA